UAAGAAUAUAAUUAAUUAUAUUAAUAUUUUCGGAAGAACUUUCAGCAUUCCAUUGCGAAGGAGUUUUUCGGGGGUUUGGUUCCAGCUACUGGUGUAUCUCUUUGAGCGAGUGGCGAUCUGAUCCGGCUACUGUUUAAAGAUCAAGGAAGCAAGAUGUGGGGUGUUACAAGGCACAAGAGUAUUCGCCCUGCCAUCUCCGCAUUCAGACAUUUCUCUUCCCCCGCCAAAGAGGCUGGGUUUGCUGGGAUUGGAGUUGGCGCUGCUUACCCUGGUCUAAGGCCUGUUAUGAAGUUUAUGACUUUUAACUUCUCCAAGCAGAUGGGGGGUGCGUUUUGUGGGACACGGGUGAUGGAGAUUGUGAAGAAGCACGAUUCUGGAGGUCUCGUUUGGAAGAGAAUCAAGCUCACCACCACGCGUAAAGCCAAUGCUAAGAAGCGUCUCCUCCGUGUCUGGCAGAAUGAAGCUGUCCUGAAGGCAUGUUCUGAACCGUCUUCUUCUGCCACUGCCAAUGACGCUCAACACAAAGAGUAGCCAAGUUAAGGGCAUCCUUCAUGUUCGAUAAAAUUAGUCUCACCCCAAUUCAGUUAGUUUUUGCUCCAAUAGUUUUUCUCAAACUCUUGCAGGUUGCUUUAGUUAGCUAUUGUUUUAACUCUUUUCUUUUGCCUUGCUUUUUUUUCUUUUCUUCUUUUCUGGUGCAUAACUCGCUAACAUGAUACUUCAUGAUUACUUUUAGAGCUUAAUCUACAUAAAAAGCAUGAGUAACAUCUGUGAUGUUUGAAGAUAGUCACUCCA